CUUGCAGCCGGGCCCAGGCCUCCUUCAAUGUGAGCACAUUGUACCAUAGGGUGACAUUAGGGUAGGAUGGCUGCUGCCUGCAAUCUCCUGGCUACACUGAGAAGAGGCAUCACCUUGCAGGCCGGAUGGCACCACAGGAGCAGUGUUAGCGCAGCCUGGAUUGGGCAGAACAAGAGCUGCAGCUGCUAUUUUUCCACCAGCAACCAGCGACAUUCCAAAUUCUACAGCGACCCAGUGGAAGCGGUUAAAGACAUCCCAGAUGGGUCAACGUUACUUGUUGGAGGUUUUGGCUUGUGUGGAAUCCCAGAGAACCUCAUUGCAGGGCUUCUGAAGACUGGAGUUAAAGGGAUCACAGCUGUGAGCAACAAUGCAGGUGUGGAUAACUUCGGCCUGGGCCUUUUGCUUCAAACCAAGCAAAUAAAGCGAAUGGUCUCGUCGUAUGUCGGGGAGAAUGCGGAAUUCGAGCGCCAGUAUCUGGAAGGAGAACUGGAGGUGGAACUGGUACCGCAGGGCACUCUGGCAGAGCGGGUACGGGCAGGAGGCGCUGGGAUUCCCGCGUUUUUUACACCUACUGGCUAUGGAACAUUAAUCCAAGAAGGCGGAGCUCCAAUUAAAUAUAAUAAAGAUGGCACAAUUGCAAUAGCCAGCCAGCCGAAAGAGGUCAAAGAAUUUAAUGGGCGCCAUUUUGUUAUGGAACCAUCAAUCACAGGAGAUUAUGCUCUAGUGAAGGCCUGGAAAGCAGAUCGUGCCGGCAAUGUCGUGUUUAGAAAAACUGCAAGAAACUUCAACCAGCCAAUGUGCAAAGCAGCCAAAGUAACUGUGGUCGAGGUCGAGGAAAUUGUCGAAACAGGAACAUUUGCCCCAGAAGACGUCCACAUUCCCAGCAUCUACGUAGACCGUGUUAUCAAGGGUGACGGCUAUCAGAAGAAAAUUGAGAGACUAACACUACGAAAGUCAGAGAAUUCCAAACCCAAGCCCAAAAAAGAUUCCGAUAUUGUAAGAGAGAGAAUUAUUCGUCGGGCAGCUCUAGAGUUCCAAGACGGCAUGUAUGCAAAUUUAGGAAUUGGUAUCCCAAUGUUGGCAAGCAACUUCAUCAAAAAAGAUAUCACAGUUCACCUUCAGAGUGAAAACGGAGUACUCGGCCUGGGUCCAUAUCCUCUACAAGAAGAAGUAGAUCCAGACCUCAUCAAUGCAGGUAAAGAAACUGUGACCGUCCUUCCAGGAGCCGCAUACUUUUCCAGCGACGAUUCCUUUGCUAUGAUUAGAGGGGGUCACGUUGACUUGACCAUGUUGGGUGCCAUGCAAGUGUCUAAGUACGGAGAUCUUGCUAACUGGAUGAUUCCUGGCAAAAUGGUGAAAGGAAUGGGUGGUGCCAUGGAUUUGGUGUCCAGCUCCGGAACAAAAGUAGUUGUUACUAUGGAACACUCUGCCAAAGGCGGCUCUCACAAAAUUUUGGAACAAUGCAACUUGCCACUUACUGGGAAACAGUGUGUGGAUCGUAUCAUUACAGAGAAGGCCGUCUUUGAUGUGGACAGAAAGAAUGGGCUGACUCUGAUUGAAAUCGCAGAAGGCCUUUCGGUGGAUGAUAUCAAGAAAUGCACAGGCUGUAACUUUGCAGUUUCGUCAGAUCUCAAGCAGCUUCAGCAGAUUGAGGAUUAAAAUAACCUUCAUGCUAUAGCACUUGUGGUUCACCAGUGAAACUAAUCCAUGUGUAUGAACUGUGGUUUUCUAGAGCAGGGAUCUUCAGCCUUUGGCUACCCAACUACUGCAGAGCUAGGAUCUUCAACCUUAAGCUCCCCAGCUACCUGCAUAACUCUUCACCCCUAAGUGACCAUACAAUAAUGGCUCCCCAGCUGUAGAACUUGAAACUUCACCCUUGAGCUUCCAAGCUCCUGUAGAGCAGGUAUAUUGAACCUUGGGCUCCUAUACUCCUGUAGAGUUGCAGCCUUCAUCUUCCCACGGUAACCUUCUUUGAGAUGAGGAUCCUCAACAGUUGGAGUGCCGCAGUUGAAAGAUCCAUACUGACAUCUCAAUAAAAAAUGUAUCAUAGAACUGAAUUCAUAACAAAAUAUAACUGUUACAAUAGAUUAAUAUUUUCAAGCACUUUGAAUAAAAAAAUCCUGUGAAA